CCAGCAGAGUGACACCCUUUAUCUCUUCGACCUGGUUUGAAUUACAAACAAAAAUCGUCCAAGCGUUACCUAAGUGAGGUCUGGCAGCACUUCAUUAGCCGAGAUUUCAUGGCCGAAAUAUUAGGAGUUCAGUAAUGAUAUCGCUAUUAUUACAGCACUAUGGUUUUGCGAAAUAACAUCGUUUUUACGGAUGUUGACACAGACACCUUUCUAGACUAGGUCAUUUCGAUUUGAGGUAGUAUUGCUACCUUAACAACAUAAAGGAAUUAUGGUUCACAUGGAUAAUUGUUCAGUUUGUGUGCGCUGGAGUGUCUUCGCCAUGAACUGCCUGGUUUGGCUUGGAGGCUCUGUGAUGCUUGGCCUUGGAAUAUGGAUCACAACACAAGACACGGAGUAUAAACACCUGGCUGGAAAUCUGUACGUAACUAUUGGCUAUAUUGUGCUGUCAUCGUUUGUAUUUAUCAUUGGGUUUGUUGGAUCAUGUGGAAUUCUUCUAAUGAAAGACAACCUACUUAAAAUGUACUUUGCAUUGAUGUUCGUAUUACUGCUGGCUGAACUUGGUGUAGCUAUUUAUCUCUACAUAGAAAAAGACAAGAUACCAGACCAUAUUGCUACAAACUGGAACAAAACAACUGAUGAAGCUAGAAUCAAUAUUCAGAAAGAGUUUGAAUGCUGUGGUCUAAAGCCACAAAACCUCAACCAUAAGUCAAGUUCAGACAAAUCCUGUUUUGUCGACAAUGAUCCAGAAAAGGGCAGAUUGGAGGACUGUUACACACAUCUCAUGGAUUGGACUAAGAAGAACCACAUUAUCUUAGCAACAUGUUCAGUUAUUGUUGCUGUUAUGCAGAUGUUGAUAUUGGGAGGAACCUGUCGACUGAUUGCACAAAUUGAGUCUGGUGACAGAAUGGUCACGCAAACAAGAGUAGUACCUCUCAAUAUCCAACCAAUAGAUGUGAGGCAAAUGCAAAUGCAGCAUUGGAACCCUGGCCCUAUCAAUGCCCAACCAAUGGCUGUCAGACAAAUACAAAUGCAGCAGUGGAACCCUGGCACCAUACCACAGCCAGCCAGAGCUGAAGCUGAGGAAGUAAGACAAAGCAACACUGCUACUCCUUUGUCUGAAGAUUCUGAAGAUGGACCUCUAAGAAGCACAAUUACAAGAAAGAAAUGGGCAAAAAUCCACCCAAAAUAUAACCCUGUUUUUAGCUUACUCGACUAGAUGUUCUAAUUGAACAAAAUUAUUAUUUUUGUGUGAUAAAAAAGUUUAAGUUUUGGUAUACUGUCAUGUGGGGCUGGAGAGUUCUUAAUAAAUAACUGUAAAUAGCCUGUCAUAGAAGAUUUAAUGAACAAGUGCGAGGGGAAAUUAUAUUAUUUAAGCACUUGAACAGGCAUUGGGAACAUUACAGGGAAAGUUUAAUGUAUAUACUGUGAGUUUGUUAGUGUGUAUAGUGAACAGAUUCAUAUUCUGUGUCAUGCCAACCUAUUUAACUGUUUGAUCCCUGUGGGUGACUAGCAUCUAAUUUCUGCUUUUAAUAUCACCUCUGAAUGAAACAUUAAGGUCUCGGUUAGCUCAAUGGAUA